ACGUGACGGGACGAGAUACCGUCGGCCUUCCUGCUUUGGCUUUGGCCUUGUCUCGGCGACUCGCUCUCGCUCCAUUCCAUGACGCUGCGCUGCAGCAGCAGCAGCAGCGCGCGAUUAAAAAAAAAAAGGUCGAAGCCGCAGCGCCGGCAGCGACCAACCCCACCAAAUUCCGAACCCAGCUCAACCCCGCGCCCACUCCGUCCGGCGCCGCGGCUGCGAGCUUGAAGUCGUCACCGCCACCGCCACCGCCGCCGAGGCGAACUUGUAGCUGCCUCCGCCGCCGCCGCGGCGAGCAGGAAGCCGUCCCCGCUCCGCUGACUGAACCGGCCCCCGCCGUCCCCCCUGAGGAGAGAGAGAGAGAGAUUCAUGAGGGGAUCAAGAAUGAAUCCAGGUGACCGUAGAACACGGAGCACGAUGACAAUAGUAAUUGUGAUGGGUUUAUCCUGCUUCUUUUACAUACUAGGUGCUUGGCAGAAAAGUGGGACAGGAAGGGGUGAUAGUAUAGCUCUGAGGGUUAACCAAGAAACUGACUGUACAAUCUUGCCAAAUUUGCACUUUGAGACCCACCAUACCAUAAGUGGCACUAAUCCAUUGAUCAUGUCCAAUAAAAUGAUUGAGCCAUGCCACAUCCGAUACAGUGACUAUACUCCUUGUCAAGACCAGGACCGAGCAAUGACCUUUCCUAGAGAAAAUAUGACAUACAGAGAAAGGCAUUGUCCUGUAGAGAAUGAGAAACUGCAUUGUCUAAUUCCAGCACCAAAAGGAUAUGUCACCCCUUUCUCUUGGCCCAAGAGCCGUGACUAUGUUCCAUAUGCAAAUGCUCCGUAUAAGAGUCUCAUUGUUGAGAAAGCUGUUCAGAAUUGGAUCCAAUAUCAGGGAGAUGUGUUCAAAUUUCCUGGAGGAGGAACGAUGUUUCCCAAUGGAGCAAAUGCUUACCUUGAUGAACUUGCAUCUGUCAUCCCACUCGCUGAUGGCACCAUUAGAACUGCACUUGAUACUGGAUGUGGGGUUGCAAGCUUCGGAGCUUACCUAAUGGACAGAAAUAUAUUAACCAUGUCAUUUGCACCCAGAGAUUCACACGAAGCUCAGGUUCAAUUUGCUUUGGAGCGAGGUGUUCCUGCAGUAAUUGGAGUACUUGGAACUAUAAAGCUCCCAUACCCCUCUAGAUCUUUUGAUAUGGCUCAUUGUUCACGCUGUUUAAUCCCAUGGGAGUCAAAUGGCGGUAUGUACAUGAUGGAAGUAGAUCGGGUUCUGAGGCCUGGGGGUUAUUGGAUACUUUCUGGACCUCCCAUCAAUUGGAAGAAAUACUACCAAUCAUGGAAAAGGUCUAAACAGGAUGCAGAGGAAGAUCAACAUAUAAUUGAAAACAUUGCUGAAAUGCUUUGCUGGGAUAAAAUCUAUGAGAAGGAUGAUAUUGCUAUUUGGCAGAAACAACGGAAUUCAUAUUCAUGUCACCAAAAGGAUGGUCAUGCUAGCAAGAUGUGCAAAGUUCAAGAUGCAGAUGAUGUCUGGUAUAAGAAAAUGGAAUCUUGUGUAACACCUCCUGUAGAGGCAGCACAGCUAAAGAAGUUUCCAGAUAGACUAUCGGCCAUUCCUCCCAGAAUUCUGGAGGGUCAGGUCCCAGGCAUCACAGAAGAAGUCUAUGAGGAGGAUAAUAAGUUGUGGAAGAAGCAUGUCAAUACUUAUAAGAGGGUGAACAAGCUGAUUGGUUCUUCAAGGUACAGGAAUAUUAUGGACAUGAAUGCAGGCCUCGGAAGUUUUGCUGCAACUCUUCAUUCUCCCAUGUCCUGGGUAAUGAACGUUGUGCCCUCUAUAUCAGAAAGGAACACUCUCGGUAUCAUCUAUGAUCGAGGUCUGAUUGGUAUAUACCAUGAUUGGUGCGAAGCCUUCUCAACAUACCCUAGGACAUAUGACCUGAUACAUGGCAAUGGCAUCUUCAGUUUAUAUCAGAACAAGUGUGAUGCAGAAGACAUUCUUCUGGAGAUGGAUAGGAUUUUACGGCCAGAGGGUGCAGUCAUACUGCGGGACAGUGCUGAUGUACUGAACAAGGUUAGAAGUAUGGUGGCAGGAAUGCGGUGGAAGUCCAAGUUACUUGAUCAUGAGGAUGGCCCGCACGUUCCUGAGAAGAUUCUGAUUUCAGUGAAAGAGUAUUGGGUUGGCAGCGAAGAACAGAACAGCUGAUAGGUACAGAACCAUGGCUAUACUGGAAGCUAGCCUCUUUCCCUGAUGCGAUCCCCUGAUUCUGUUUUGUCGGUUAAUAGAUUUUGUUCAUACUUCAUAGGUACAGUACUAAAGGCCCAUAGACGACAGGGACAUCCUCGAUUUUUGCUGUGCAUAUAUAGUAAUCAGAGCGCUAAGUGAAAUGUUGGCGAUUUGCCAAGACCAUAUUGUAGGUAAAUGUUCAUUUUAAAAAAUGUAGGUACGAGACAAUUAAUUAUACAAAUGCACGCAAGAAGAUUUUUGCGACUUUGUCUAUGAACGUUAUCUGUUGAUAAUGCAUGAGAUUUAUUUAUAGUGUA